UGUGAAUUUAACAUCUGCUGAAAAGCAAACUAAUUAAAUAUUCAUCAAACCGGAAUAUUGACAAAAACACCAGAUCUAAAACCACCUGCAAGCUUUAACAAAGUUGUCGUAAAUAUGGCGAAUAGAACUGAACGUGAAAUUGGCGGCUACGAAGCUGAAUUUGUUUCGACUUUACCCAACGAAUACGAAUGUCCUAUCUGUCAGUUAGCCUACCGAGAUCCAGUGCAGUUGGAGGAAUGCGGACAUCGCUUGUGUUAUUCCUGUCUGCAAGAACUGCGACGAAGGUAAGAUAAGGAUUGAUAAUUAUACGUGUUUACGUAUGGCACGAAUGUUAUUGCCGCACUAGGACGUAUUAUCUAAAACCUAAAGUAUACGAAAUUAAUACAGAGCAUCGAAUUGAUGAGCGAAGUAUAUGCCAAAUAUUUAAAAUUUAGUUCAAGUUUCUCUUAACGACAUUACGUUACUCGAUCAUUGCCAUUGGAGAUGAUAUGUAAUGUUUCAUCUAUAAAAAUAUUCAUGUAUUAAAUAGAUAGCCGAAACCAUGGUCAUGGAAAUGUUUCUUUUUUACUUUUAUCUUUCGAAUUAACUUAUAUAUGGGAGUAUAGCGCUAUUGAUCUCGCUACAAGAAACAUAUACUCAUCUAUAUGAUCAUUGUACUGAGUAAUUACGAGUGCUUGAAAAAAGUCAAGGCAACAGCAAUGCCAUGCAUGAAUAGCCGGAUAUACAAUUGAGUUCGAUAUAAUUAAAAUAGAUUUUCAAGAUAUAUAAAUACAUUUCAUGACAGAAGUGAAAUUUAGUUACGAAAACUAGCUGUCUUUGUAAUGAAACGUACUGUCUAAAGCCGGUUUUCCGCUUCAACCGUAUCGUAGCGAAGCGUAGCGUAUUUCUUUGUUUCCUGAGCACUAGUGUGAAAGUAAUGACUUCGACACAAAUGAAAAUGCUACGACACGUUACGAUACGAUACGGUUGAGGUGGAAAACUGGCUUUAAGCCAGUUUCCCACUUCAAUCGUAUAUCGUACCGAAACGUAGCGUAUUUCUUUGUUUCCUGAGCGGUAGUGUGGAACUAAUGACUUCGACACAAAAGAAAAUCUAUAUGUCCCUUUUCCUGAUUUCGUGAACUUUCUUAGGUAAUAGAUUGUGUAGUUUAUGGUCAGAGUUUGACAUUAUUAAUUCAAUGCACAUUCGGUUCUGCCGUUUCUCCAAAUUUUCUAUAUUUUUGCUAUCACUGAACGCUUUAUUAUAAUCAUAUUCUUUAUAGAUUAUUUUAAGUGCUCGUUUUUGUAUUUGUGAUUACUUUGCCCCUUCGUAAUUCCUCCAUUCCAUACCUGGACCCCGUGUUCAAUUAGCGUUGGUCUAAUUACUGUUAUAUAAAACUCUUCAGUUCAUAUCGUUCGAACUUGCACCAUAGGAUUUUAAUACUUGAAGGAGGAAUAGACGUUUCGCAGCUUCCUUAUUAUUUUCUCUGCGUUUGUAUUCCACUUCAUAUUACCGUCCAUCCAGAUUCCCAAAAACUUAUACGAAGUAACCCUUUCAAUUGUUCUCAAUUCUCGUUAAUGGUAUAGCCGCGUUUUGUUUCUUCUUAAAUCGAUCAACAUUUCUUUACAUUUCUUGAGGUUAAGUUCCAUUUUUUGUUGUUUCGUAAAGUUCAUGACUUCCGUCAUAUUUAAUUUCUUCCCUCAUAUUUCAGCAUUCUCAAUGGCGUUGCCUGGUAUAUAUGACUUUUGAUAUCGAUAAUUUCAGAGAUUGUUGUGUCAUCCAUGAAUAUUGUUACAUCAUCAUCAGAAUCUUCGCUAACUUCAGACACGUCACCAUGAUCUUUUCCGGUUGUUUCAAUACUAAGGGUAGACCAUUUAUAUGAACAAUAAAUGCAACCGGCCCUAUUCUGCUAUGCUGAACAAUGCUAUAAGCACUUAUAAGGUUGUCAUAGUGACCUGCUAGCUGAAAAACAAAAAAAAACGGAAAACCACCAGAACUUUCUUAAACUUUUAGAAGAUCAUGUAUACUUUUUUUAGCUUUUGAAGCCAUUUUAAUAUCCAAAAUUGUAACUUAUAUUAAAUAGGCUAGUAUGCAGUUAUAGUUAUAUUUUUAUGAACAUUACAGGACACGCGUUGAUAACAGCAACUCUUUUGCUGAAGUGUUUUUAUCCUGUAUAAUAAUUAACAAUUAUUCGCCGACGGCGAGGUGAUUAUCGGGGAAUAUUCGCCGAGACGAAGUCGAGGUGAAUAAUUGUUUUAGUAUUUUUGCACAAGUUUUUUUGUGUUUUUAUUUUUCUGGUCUGAAUUCAUUUCUUUAUCACUAACUUCAACAAAACGGCUAGCCGCUAUUUUGAAAAUUUGUUAUAUUCACCUGUAUAGGUGAAUAUAACAGAUUAAUACGUCAAAUUUGACCAAUCACCUUUUAGGAUUUGUUAUGUUCACUUCAUCACUUGUGCAAAAAUACUAAUUCGUUUUAAUAAUAAUAAUAAUUGUAUGCAUUCUAUGCAAGCGCGGACAGUAAGGUAGAUACCAAAUUUUAAUAUUUUUAGCUGUUUAGGUAUCAGAGGUAUACAACAUACGCAAGUUCUGCAAAAGGUCUACAAACAAGUUGUUACAAAUCUGUUCACAUGCAAGUUGUCAACAAGUUGUGUUCGCACUGCUUGCAUGUUCCCAGUUGUUGCAACAAGUUUGGAAAAACCUGUUUACAACUUAUAACAAGCUUGAUUUCAUUAUCAGACAGGUUACAAGGUGAUUCUAUCUACAAGUGACACAGUGAUGAUAUAACAAGAAUGUCACAAGGUUGACGACGCAAGGUUGUAACAAUAUCGUUAUAUCAUGACUGUAUCGAACUUGUUGGUGUUACUUGUUUUGUCAAUUCCCAGGGGUAUACAUGAUGUAGGUAUAAAAUAUCUUAUUCCCAUUAUAUUCUUGGUGCUUGGAUUGUAGCUACCUUUGACUUAUGACAAUUGAAAUAGCUGAAUAUUUGAAUACGUCCAUGACUAGUACGUACCUUGCCAUCCACCUUCCCGGCCCUUGAGCCUGGUUGAGUCGCUAUCUUUCUCAUCAGCCGAAAUACAACAUAUUUUAGAACUGAAAAUACGCGAAGUUAUUAUAACUAGAGAAUACUUAUGAUUUAUAUGUGAUUUACAGGUAUAAAUUAUUAUAAACUGGCCGUUGAGAAAGAUCGUGACUGUAUUUUUAUGACCACUACGACCAUAUCAUGGAAACCAGGCUUGGUACGUUAAUUAAUUUACUGAAAAUGCAUGUUCUGUUUUAGGCAAGGCGAGUGCUGUGUUUGCCCCUUAGAUCGGCGGCCUGUUUCUGCAACAAAGGUGAGAUCUCAAUGUAGCUAAUGUGUUAUUUUAUAAUUCUAACAACUCAUUUUGCUUGUAGUUAUAGUUAUAGUUUAAGGAAAAUAGGAAAUAUAGCUGUCAUUCUCAUGACGAAAUACAGAAAUUAUAACAAUAAAAAUUCUAACAGUGUCAGUAUACACAAAUUAACAUAACAACAGCCGGCCAGUCAGAAUCCGGUAAGGCUGUCAGCGUAUUUGCGUUUUUCUUUUAUUUUUAAUGUCAAAAUCUCAGACAACCAGCGCUGUAUUGCUUAUAAAUAUAAUAAUCUUCAUCCUUGCAAAGGCGCGGGCAGCAUCCCCAUUGCAUGCUCUAUAUGUCCGGUAUAUAAGCGGAGAAUUUGAGACAGCGGAGCAUUACGGAUUCAUAACGGUCAAUUGUUAAUCUGAAUGAAUAUUUAUGAUUUAUUUAAUAGAUGUUCUUUGACAAAGCAGCAAAGCGGGCUAUCUUAAGUCAAACGGUAAAAUGCUGUAACUGGAAAAGAAAAUGCGAUUGGUCUGGUGAGCUGAGCAGCUUAGAGGUAUGAGAAUCAUGCACUAAUUCUUCAUCGCUUUACAUGCAAGAAUUGUACAUAAACUAUAUUAGACAAUAUCGUCAAUAAAAAUACAGGUCUUUUAAUUUUCAGAUGUAGUGUAAUGAAUUUCAUUGUUGUAAUUUUUCUAGUUUUCGGUUUGUUGAAUUGAUAACUCGUCUAAUUUUUAGACAAAAAAGUUUGCAUGCAUGCAUACUGCAACUUUGAAAGAAAUUUACGCUUUUGAGGAAAAUCGUAACAAAAUUAUGAUUUGAAAUAAGUUAUUAAAUUCACAACAGCUGAAAUAAUGGUGUUGGAUAUGCAAAAUAAGUGUAGAAAUAUGGCAUGUCAUUAAAAUCAGUGGAAUAGAAUUUUCAUUGAGUAAAAUUUAGCAUUUUUUCCAAAUCCUAAUAAUAUGCAAGCCAACGGCAAGAAAUAUAACCUAAGUAAAUAACUGUCGAUCAUAUUUUUGUAAUGGGAACAAACAAUUCUAGCUAGAUUUUAUAAAAAUCCUCUUUGGGGGCACAAAAUAAACAUCCCACGCUAUAAAUUUUGAUAGCAGGUUGGAAGUCAUUGCUGAUCAAGGUUUUAGCAGAGUGCACUCCGUAUUGCAAGUAUAAAAUGGCAUCCAACACAGCAGGGGAAUACGGUCGUAUACGGACAUAUUCUAAGUAUUGGAUGGGAUUUGGGGCGCAGAAUAAAUUAUGUCAUUAAAAUAUUACUUUGGCUUUUUCAUGUUACUUUAGUGUAAGUUGUAAAGCAAAUUUAAUAUUCUUACAGUGUAUUCUUGACAAUGCGAAAUAAGUUACUUUAGGUUAUACAUUUAAAUACGGUUAAUUCGAGCUAUAUAAAGCCGACUUGGCUGAGUUGAGAAUGCCUUAAGAGAGCUUUCACAAGGGUCCAAAAGUACACUCCCUUAAUGCUGAUUGGUUAGCUAGGGAUCAUCGCAAAACCAACUUCAAUGGACCAUCUGUGCAUCAAAAACGAACAUAGUUCGAGAUCCAAAGCAGUCAAGUCAAGUUGUAAUUGGUUGAGUUGUAGUUGGGAAGAGCAAGAGAGAGAACAGAUAAGAAGAACAAUUAAGGGUUUCGGUGACGUAUAGUCGCUAGAACGAGCGCCUUUCACGUCCGAGAUCGUGGGUUUGAUUCUUGCUCACGGACUAAUGCGAAGAGUCAGUCAACGAACGCUCUGCCGAACAUCGUGGGUUUUCUCCUUUGUAGUGCUCCGGUUUCCUCCCACAGGGAAAGUUGACAGGGUGCAUGGGUUAGGAAAAACACAGUUAGGAAAGUGAUAUCGAUCACAAUUGUUUUAAAGAUAAAAUAGUCUAAAAUUUGCGUUAUAGAAAUGUUAAUGUUAAACGAAGAAGCUUUGAACUUAAAGAGACUAGAGAUAAUUUUUGUAUUAUUAUAUUUCAUACUUUUUGUGUAUAGGUUUUCGCUCCUACUCUUAGCUUCGUGCAUUCAUUUUCCUGUAUGAACGUCCUCGUGUAGCAACAACCUUCCUUAUAAAGACUUGGAUUGUUUUUGUUACAGGAUCAUUUGAAAAACUGCAAUUUUGAAGAGAUACAAUGCACUAAUGCUGGAUGUGAUGAAAUGUUAACCCGACGAUCAUUGCAAUAUCAUCUCAGUGCAAAAUGCAAGUUGAGGAUUGUUUCAUGUUCAUUCUGUACUGAAACAUAUUGCUACAAAGAUAAUAAGGUAUAGAGUUUUAUAUUGUGUUACGAAUAACAAAGUUAAGAAAGUAAGAAACGACUAUCCAUGACUAUAAUAUACAGUCGGCCUUGGAACUACCAAAUAUAAUAAAUUUUGACCAUAUUCAGAUAAAUCAGAAAUAGGUUUAUAUAUACUAAUGCUUUAAUUUAAAGAGGAAGUGUCACCAAUUUUUAACAAAAAAUGUAUUUUAAAUUGUUCAGGCAAAGUCUGAACUGCAAAUUUGAAAAUAUAAAUUGUAAAUAGGUUCAGUUAUGAUAUACAGGUCACAAUACUCAUAUUAAACGAUUUUGAAUUUCCACACCCCACAUGUAUAAGACGACGUUUUCAUACAAAUUGACCUAAACUUGAAAAAAUGUCUGCCAACAAUUAACUGCAAGAUGUCAUUUACAAUCCAUCUCAAUCCUCGCCCAAUAUUGACCAUACAGACUUCUGUACAUGCUUUUUGUAUUUGUUAUUGUUUUAUGUUGUGUUUACAACCAUUCUUUUUAGGUUUUGUGCAAGAUUCCUAAAUAUUUGCGAGGGUCAAAAUCGGUGACACUCCCGUGACACUGCCCUGGUUUAAUAACUGCGAAAAUUAUUAAUAUCAAAUAAUUAUAGCUUCAUGAAAUAAGUAAGAUACGUGGACCGUUUACAUGUAUUGGUCACGUGACACCAUUUACCUUAAAACGAGCAGCUGUGUCAAAAUGAAUAGAAAUGUAAUAUUUUUCUAGGAAUAGUAUGGGAACAUUUUCUGGAUGGCAAGACUUGCCAUGUUCCCAUAUAAAUCUUAAGGAAAUUUCUAAUCUUAAGUUGAAUACCAACACUAAGGUGCUUUAUAAUUUUAUCGAGGCGCUCUUUUCAUUUCUGAAAUUCAUCUUGAAAAGACCUGUUGGCGCUAUGCAUAUAAGGCCAUAUACUUACACGAUACAAGAUCCGCUUGUUACAACAUCGAUUAAUAUAACAGUGACAGGGAUCUCUUGAAAUUACAAUUAUAUGAGAAAAUAAGGCGAAAGGUUCAUAACUGUCAAAGAGGAAAUUUUGUGGGCGACAUUACUCCUGACGGCAUGUGUUGAUUUAACCGUGAAUAAACGAAUCUAGUAUCGCGUUGCGCGGUCACUCUGAUAUGCAAAUAGACAGCUGUGAACUCGAUUUUGACUGGAAUAACGUUAGCAUAUAGGUAGAAACUAACUAUACAACAGCUACGCUAUUCGGCAGAACUUUACUUUUCUAUAGUCUGAUGAACAGUAGCCAGUCUGCGCGAUUGAUAGAUAGGAUUACGCGCAGGGACGAACAUAAUUCUGAAUGUAUUUAAUUGAAUUCAUGAUGCGUUUUUGGCAAUUUUUGGAAAGCACCAUUUAUCCGACAAACUUCAUUUGAUAGUACUUUUUCCAGUUUUUGAAAAUUCGCUACACCCAUGUCAUCCAAAUGUGGCAAAACUUUGUAUACUACUAAUUUGCAUUGUGCUUGUCCUCGUUAUUGAUUAUUUUACUGAAUGUUAUAACAUUUACUCUUGGUUCCAGUCCUCAUCAUCAAAGCUUUUUAAGUACUCAAUUAAUUGUGGCAUAUAUAUUCUUAAUAAUGUUCUAGCUCAAAAAGUUAAAAUUUAGGAACUGUGAAAGACUAUAGAGCGAAACGAAAAAAUUGCAUAUAUAAUUGUUCUUCAGGUACACAUGAAACGGUGCAAGCGUCUUCCACUGGAGUGCUUUAAUAAAUGUGGCAAGAAAGAUAUCGCAAGAGAAGAGGUAUGCUUCUAUACAUAACAUAGUUCCUUAAUCUGCCAGAAGAAAGCGAAUAUUAUUCUCCUCCUACGUUAUACGGGCACGUACCCUAACCCUACAAUGUAUAUCAGCUGUAGAACACACAAUUAAUUGUUGUUCAAACUACUUUUAGUAUGUCACUACUAAUGGAGUUAGCAAUGUUAUGUUUAAUUUUCAUAAAUAACAUGUUUCCAUGACUACCGAGCACAAGUCACUCUGAAGUUCUAGCUGUCAAGCAUUUCUGACCCAUGUAUCCAUACAAAAUACAAAACUCGAAAUUAAUUAAUAUAUAUAAUCAUCAGAGUUCAAUAAUCUAUAGUACAAUAACGACAUAUUUAGCUGCAUAUUUCUUUGACUGCCACUGCGUGGGUUUCCCACCCUUUUUCUCGUGCCCGCAAAUAUAUCACGCCCGCUAAUAUAAUUUACUAUACGAAAGCUAAUUGCCCGCCCACUGUACAUGCACCUGUUUGGGAAGGGCGGGUGGCACAUGCGUGAAAAAGUUAAACCCAGUUAGGGGUUGGAUGAUGCAAGGAGCGUCAGUUAUAUUACUUAUUUACGUCAUAUCAUAUCAUUUCUAUAGUUUCUAAUCUUAUGUGAUUAUAUGAAACACUGCCAUAAACAUUGCAAGAUUAAGUUCUUCAAAUAGAUCAUAGUUUUGCAUAUCCAAACAUAUACCCCUUGACAGUUUUAUAUUUUGGGAUUUAAUGUUCCAUCGGUAAACAAAGCCAAAAGGUCAUUUAACCAGAUCAACAAGCAAAUCUCGCCAAUCUACUUCCAUGCCAGAAUUUUAUGGCGAAAGCAAAAAUGCCAGGCAUGAUUUAAGGUUAUGGUGAAGGAUAUAUAGGUUAAGGCUAUAGCACUUAUAGCACUUCACCCUGCUCUUCUCGAUUUUUUUACCAAGGUCGUUUGAGAACAUUUGUUUUUAUAUAGAUGUCAGUUCAUCUCAAUACUUGCCCAAUGGCCACUCAUCCAUGUUCUUAUGUCGACGUUGGUUGCGACUACAAGGUAUUGCUUUUAUGAUAUAAUUGAGUUUUUCACAUGCAGCCCGGAUAUUUUAUUGCUGUUCCAGGGUCCACCAUUUUUUUUAGAAAAUUAUGAACUGCAAAUAUACUGUUAUUCAUGAUACUUCUUGUCAUGCAGAGUCACAACAUAGUGUCAUAUAACAAGAAGGAGAAUUCGUUACAAUGUACAAAUGGGAUAAAAUCCCUUUAGAAAUAAAACAUUCAUUAUAUACAAGACCGGGUAACUGUGUAAAUAUAUAGUCAUUCAACUUUCAGUUAAUUUCUAUAUAUACCACAGAAAACUAUUCUGAAUGUUUGACUAGUUGAAAGGAUAUACAAUCGAUUUAAAUUUAGGAAUUUUUCGAAUGUUGUUUUUAACAUGCAUUCAUGUUAGAUGAGGUUUUAUACAAGAAUGACAUUCGCAAAUAUUAUACAUGUACUUUGGACGUUUUAAUAUUCCUCUUCAAGAUGCAAGGAUGCUGUACCGUGGCUUAUAAACCACGGCAAUUGAUGGCAAUUCAAUCUUGAAAAUUUUUGCUAAGCUUCUUAAUUGUUCGUAUACUUUCAAAUGUAGUAAUUAGUAUUUAGUAAUUGUACUACUUUCAGUGUAGUAAUUAGUAAUCUAUGUUUAGUAUUGUAUCUCAUUUCGUCUGAUAAUUUUCAGUUUCAAAAACGUACAUCAUGACAUUACUUCAUCUGCCCCUUUCUCCGUCAGCCACAAUAUAGCCUCAAUAUUCAGUAUAUAUAUACGUUCAGCAUAUUCGUAUGAUUAGUGCAUUUUUAUUUUAACAAAUAUUGAUUAUAUUUUGUUUCGUAUUUCUUUAGGGGAAACGAGACAACUUGGAAGAACACUACAAAUCAUCGGUGCAAAAACACUUGGAGUUAGCGUGCUGCAAAAUUCGUGAAAACGAGAGCAGAACCGUGUGUAUAGAUGGCAAGUUCAUCUGGAAAAUCAACAACUACAGAAAACAGAUGGAUGAAUCGCUUGCAUCAGACGAGGAGACAGCGAUAUUCAGUCCAGUGUUCUACACCAGUCAAUAUGGAUACAAGUUAAAACUAAAGGCGUACCUAGACGGACGUGACCGUGGGAGAGGGACCCACCUCUCCUUGUAUAUUAUUAUUAUGAAAGGAGAUUAUGACGCUCUUCUCGACUGGCCGUACAAUAUGAAAGUGACAUUCUACUUAUUAGAUCAAAGUGAAAGACGUCAACAUCGCUCGCAUACUUUAAGUCCAAACCUCUCACUGCCAAACAUCAAGGUAGUCUUCAACAGACCAAUAGGGAAAGAGAAUCUCGGAAUAGGCAACCCAUGUUUUGUUCCACACGAGCUCCUGGACUCCGGUGGUUUUGUGCAAGAUGAUACCAUCUUUAUAAAAGUCGCCUUAAGUUCAUCGACAAACCUUGACUGACGAUCAAUACUGUUGUCCCGUGGGUGAAGUCCAAGCCCGAACACCAUAUAUGGAGUACCCUAUAAAAGACCGACGAUUUUUGUUAUUUCUGAGCCUGAUUCUUUGUGCAUGCAAAGUUAAAUACUGUUUUUUGUAUGCAUAUAAAAUAUAUACUGAAUGGUAUAUACUGAGUUUGGCAACCGACAAUGGCAACGGCAGAAACUGACAAAUUAUAAAAUUAUGUAUAUUUUUCUGUGCGAGCCAAAGCAAACAUUACUAAGCUUGAUUUGCUUCUUUAAAGUACUAGCAAUAGUCAGUAAAUUCACAUAUAAAACACCCCACAAGAUUUCAAACGUUCUAUAUAACUGUCAGUGACUCGUGGUUAUGAAACAUCUACUAAACUCAGAACCGUGGUUAUUAUACAUCUACUAAACUCAGAACCGUACAGCGUACAGCUAUUUCAAUUAAGGUUAAUGUCGCCGAGCAAAGCGGAAAAGUCGAAUACGAGCGCAAAAGGCUGCUGGGAAUUGCUAAAAAAUUCAUUAAUUUUUUAGCGAUUCCCAACAGCCUUUCGCGCUCGUAUUCGACUUGUCCACUUUGCUCGGGGACAACCUUAAUUGAAAUAGCUGUAUACAAUUUGUCGCCUUCGAUGAACAUGUCUUCAUUGCCAUUGGAGUUGCUGUAUUAUUUGCCAAACUCACUAGUAGUACAAACUUGAGAUGUUUGCGAGGUAGAUGGCGUCGUGUAGGCGGCGUCGCUCGGUCAUAUUACCAUGCAUGGAAUGAUAAAUAGACUGUAGUGACCUCAAUGUAAUUUGACUCGAACUUCGUACAUGUGGAAAUACACCUGCGUUAAUGUGUUAGCAACUAUCUCUUCUUGUUAAGAGUUAAAUUUGCAGAAAUAAUUAUAAUUCUUCGUAUAGGUCUAUACAACAGGGGCUUAGGUCAAUAAAUAUUAAGGGCGCUCAGUACAGAAAAAACAUUUGCGCUGCUAAAUACAUAUUUUAUAAUAAGCAAGAAAAGGUAAGGCAAAAGUCGAAAAUGCAAGAAGGAUUUAAAUAAUAGUCCAAAACGCAAGAUAUGUGCAAGGUUUCGAUAAAUUUUAUAAAACAAGUCAUGCAGCUGACUGACGGAUAUAGCGUAGACUCACAAAUUAUAAUGAAAAAAUUAAGCAAUGCAUGUAUGCAUGUAUUUUGAAAGAAUUAAGGAGAGGUCCUAACAAAAAGGUAAUACUAAUACUAUAGAAGACUCUAAAAAUGCCAUUUCGGACAAUUUGAAGACAACAAAUUAAUUUCCAAAAAUGUUCCGCUCGGCGCCAACCAUCG